CAUUAGUAGAAAAAUGUAACGUCCUGCCUCGGAGAUUCGUCUCGGCUUCGCCCUAGGUUUUCAUCUUACACGGCGCACACUUUUCCCUUCACCAACGUAGCUAUCUCUGCUUCGGCUGCCUCUUCCCUCGAAUUCCCGAACUCUAACAUCUUAGCCUCAUUAAGGAAACCCUAAUAUUGUACUUUCGUUAGUUGUCGCUCCAUUCGGCAUCCUCGAGCAAAUUCAAGCUUCGAACGUAUUUCACCUUCGGCUUCUUUAAGGAUUACUGCUGAAAGGCCGUUAUGAGCGCGGGAAUAUUCAUCAUUUUUUCUUCCAUUUCCUCUGUUUUUCUUUAGAUGGGCAAGGGUGUUCGAGGCAGGGAUAGGCCAUAUACUGAGUACUCACCUAGAUAUGGAGAGAGAGAACGACGAAGUGGCUGGGGCGUAGCUCCUCCUUCACGGAAGCUCUGGGUGGGGAACUUAAGCUCUCAUGUUACAGAAAGCGUUCUCUCGGAGCAGUUCCUUAGAUUUGGCGACAUUGAAAGCAUAGCAUAUUUACCUGGCAGAAGCUAUGCUUAUGUCAACUUUAAAAAGGAGGAGGAUGCUGUGCUUGCAUUGAGAGCACUUCAUGGGUCAAAUCUUGCAGGGAUGCCUCUUAGAAUCGAGUUUGCAAAGGGGGAUGAGGCGUAUCUGCAUCAUAAAAAUGACAGGCGAUCAAUGGAUAGGGGUGAACCACCUUUGAGAAGAGAUUUAAGAACUCAGAAUAUUAGCCCUGAAAGAUCUUCUGAUAAGUCCAAGGGCCAUAGGAGUGCUGAACCUAGUGAGGUUCUAUGGAUAGGGUUUCCAUCAUCGUUGAAUGUUGAUGAAAUAACUUUAAGAAGGGCAUUUUCACCUUUCGGUGAAAUUGAGAAAAUUACUUCAUUUCCAGGUCGUAGCUAUGCAUUUGUUCGUUUUAGGAGUGUGGUGGCAGCUUGCAGGGCUAAAGAAGCUCUGCAUGGGAAGCUUCUUAACAAUCCUCGUGUUAACAUAUGUUUUGCCAGGAGUGAUAUGCCAUCUGAACAUGGAAAGGGUCUUGCAAAUAGUCCUUUCUCUUCACAUUUGAAGUCUAACUUUUUACCUGGGUCAAGUGCAAAAGUCCUUGAGCCCUUACAUGGUGAUGAACGCUUUGAGAGUCCAGUCAGAGAUUUUCACAGGGCUUCUCCACCAUUUGGUUCUAGCCUUGAUAGGGGGUCUCGUGAUCAACAUGCUCUAGAUUUGGUUAGGAGUAAGUCAUCCCGGUUUGGUUCUGAGCGAGAACCAAUUUUUUCUAGUACUUAUGAGAACAUGAGAUUGCGAGAAUUUGCAUCUGACAGAAGGACAACAGAAGAAUUUUUCGAAAGACACAGGACCAAUCCAGCAGACAAGAUUCCACCUUCGCAUAAUCUUACUUUUGAAAGACCUCAAAGAGUUCCACCCUUCGCGGAUUCGUGGGACAUAGAGGACAGAUCAUUUCCUUUAGCAAAGAAACUUAAAAUUGAUUUAAUAUCUGAUAAAGAUCUUCCGGAGUAUCCUUUUUCAGAUUUAGAACAAGAAAAGCGUGAUAGCUUACAAAAGCCAUUCCUUGAUUUGCCAGACCAUCAUGGUUAUAACAAGCCUCUAGAUUCUGUUCCUUUCAGUUUAAAAGGUGCUCAUGAUUUUUCAAGGAACCUAAAUCGUCUUCAUGCAGAAAAAGAUGAUUCUUGGGGCAACAUUGGCCGCUUAAAUUCAGUUUCUAGACCAUUAUCUAAUAAUUCACCAAAAUUACAGAGAUCUAAUCCUGAAUCUCAUAAACCUCCCCCACUUGAUGAAAUAUGGAAGUGGGAGGGAACAAUAGCUAAAGGUGGAACACCUGUUUGUCGGGCUCGGUGCUUUCCCGUCGGUAAACUUCUCGAUUUUAUGCUGCCUGAGUUUCUGAACUGCACUUCUAGGACUGGCCUUGAUAUGCUUGCAAAACAUUAUUAUCAAGCAGUGAGUACUUGGGUGGUAUUUUUUGUUCCUGAAAGUGAUGCAGAUAUUGGUUUCUAUAGUGAAUUCAUGCAUUAUCUUGGUGAGAAGCAGCGGGCGGCUGUUGCUAAGCUUGGAGAAAAGGUUACUUUAUUCCUUGUUCCACCAUCAGACUUUUCUGAACAAGUACUGAAAGUACCAGGAAAAGUGAGCAUAUCUGGUGUCAUUCUAAAGUUCCAACAAAAUGCUUCAAACUUCAGUUCUCUCCAACAUCCAAUGGAUUUCACAGACCCAAUAGCCCCAUCCCUUACUCAGAGAUCAAAUGAAGGGCUUAAAAUUCAUGAAGGCACUUCAUUCCUGAAACCAAGUUCCCCUGAUUUCAGGUCAUUUUCUCAUAAACAAAACCACACAGCCUCCUCAUCAGGAUAUUUAACUCCAGCCAUUUUUCCACCACCAUCUAAACGGGAUGACAGUUUCCCUUACUCGGUUCCUGCUCGCGGAGAAAAACUACAUGAUACACGAAUGGAUGGAGCCCAUGACCAAUUUCAACUUUAUAAUCCUCCUUUGACAACUAACUGGUCUGGUAACCUACCCGUUUCUAGCUCCAGCAUGGGAAGUUUCAUUGCUACUCCAAAUGCUUCUUCACAACAAUUUGGUCAAUCUUUCUCAAAAGAAGCAUUCAAUUCAAGAGUUGCUCAAGGGACUGAUUUGAGUGGUUAUAUGCCUGAGACUUUACCUUCAACUUCGGCAAACAAGUUUCCUCCACAGCAGGAGAUCAAAUCUCAGGCUUCUUCGGCAACAUCAAUAUCUCUCCAACCUGAACAACUUGCUCAUCUUGCAGCUCUUCUUGGGAACCAAAAACAAUCUGGAGAAGAUGAAAGGGGAAAUUACUCAAUCUUGCCACAGAAUCCUUCCCAGACUCAUACAUCUAUGCUGUAUAACAACUCUGUCUUGCCGCAUGCCCAGACUUCUAUUUCCCCUGCCAAUUCAUCUUUUCCUUCUGCAUCUGUAGAACAUCAGAUUGGCCGCGGGCAGCAACCGCAGUUGCAAGGGCCACAACCACCUGAUGCCCCUCCAGUCCAAAACGUUGGGCAACAGGCUAAUCAACAAGAACCAAACAGCUCCAGGGAAGACACGGAAGCAGAUCCUGAGAAGCGUUUGCAGGCAACUCUGCAGUUGGCUGCAGCUCUUCUUCAGCAAAUCCAGCAGCGAGCAAAGGCUGUUGAUUAGUGCUGGAUAUAAGCGGAUUUGAUGGCAUACAUGGCUGGAGCCAGACAACCCUUUCCUUGAAGCUACGAGGUUUGAUGUUUGAUUUAUUGAGCUCUCACUCUUACAUGUAACUUUGCUUAUAGGCAACCAUCAAUUUUUUGUUCGUCUCUGUCGUGCAACACUAAAUCUGUGAGACUUACGGAUGAAUUAAAUAGUAGAAUGAUCUGAUUAUUCUUUUUGGUUUGAUUAGACUUUGCAGUAGCAAAGUCUGGAAAGACUCAUCAACAAUAGGCUUGUCUUUGUGUUUUAUUGGUUAUUGUUUUCAAACUGAGGUAUCUGUGAUGAGAUCUUUGUGAUA